CUACCUAGGUGGCUGAAGGCUCAGUCGCACUUGAAGGAAUAUCACGAGAAUCUUCAGCUUGCCCUCGAAGUCUCGUCCUUCUACCAGCAGGCCGAUAACAUUGUCUGUUCCAUCAGCAACAUGAGAAAAAGCCUCUCGGCAAGCAACGGAGUGGAAAAUGGCAGAGAUGGGGAAAUUCGGGACAUUGCCAGUCAAAUCAUGAUGCUGGAUGUGAGCGUUUCCCAGCACUCCAACCUGCACCCCGCACUGGUGGCCCGCGUCGCACAGAAGCAGAGCGAGGUGAAAGACUGCUGGGCCGUCCUCCAGAAGACUCUCAGGAACGAAAAGGCAGCUCAGCUCCCCUCCACCUCCUCGUUAACCAGGGACAGCAGUGACCCUGAAACCCCGAGCCAAGAGCCACCCGGCAGCGUGGGAACAGACCCACACAGGAUUAUGGGAAAGGAGGUUAAAGAGGAACAAAAUCGUCUGAAGGGGUUUACGGCCGGGAGAGACGCCGAGCGCUGCGGGAAGCCCUCAGACAGCCGGGAUGCAGGAGAGAUGGCAGCCCUCAAACUCCACACGGCCGCUGAAAGCGGGAACGCGCCGAGGCCCGAGUCCAGCGGCCACACACCGCUCCACACGCAACUCCAGAAGUUCACCGUUUCUGCAGACAAGACUCUCUCCUGGCUCAAAGACAGUGGUGCGAUGGCCACUCAGAUCUGCAGUUUGGCCGGACCGAAUGGUUUUGAAGCAGCCAAGAGGCGUCAGGCCUCACUGGAACAGGAUAUCCUGUCCAACAGAGCCAGGAUAGAGCUGGUCAAGAAGGAGGGUUACAGUCUGGUGAGGGCUCAGCAUCCGGGCAGCAUCAAGAUCCAGGAGUUUCUGAGUCAGCUGGAGGUUCUGUGGGACGAGCUGAAGAGAAGGCAUGAGAGGAACGGUCUGGUCCUGAAGGUCUCAGAGGAGCUCAACUAUAGGGUGGUGCGGAUGCUGCAGUCUCUGGCCAGUCUGGAGGCGUGGUUGGAGGCGGUGGAGCUGUCCAUCAGGCAGGCGUCUCUGGCUGGAGACCCCGAGUCCGUGAGCGUGGUGGAGCAAGAGAGCUGCCAGCUGGAGCAGGAGCUCGAGGCCAGACGUCUGGAGCUGCAGACCCUCAGACAGGAAGUAGAUCAUCUGAGCAGUCAAAGACAUCUUCACACUCCGCUGCUUUCUGCACGCCUGAAGGACGUGGAAAUGAAGUUCAGCAGUGUGCAGAUGGCACUGACCCAGCAGAGCUCAGAGCUGAAGGACACGCGGAUGCUCACGGAGUUCCUGGAGAAGCUGGAGCUCGAGGAAAGUCACUACAGCACCCUGGGACAGCCGCUGUGCAGUGAGCUUGACUCUGGACCGUCUCUUCUGGGCUUGCCGGUGAGCGGACAUGACAAGCCCCUGAUGGAAGCCAUUGGGAACCCUGUGAAGGAGCUCAGAGAAGCAGUGGAGAUGCUCAAUGACACGGCGCGGGAGAGGGGCCGCUCGCAGUCACAUGACCAGAGCAUCCAGGAGCUCCUCACCAGGCAUGCCAUGGUGUCAGCGCACGUGGAGCAGUGUCUGCAGCGCUGUGCGGAGCUCGCCGUAGAUGUGCUGGAGAUUGAAAGUGAGAUGGCUGUGAGAUGUGAGCCGGAUCGCUGUGGUCUGGAUGACCUGCAGGAGUACCAGGACCAGCUGGAGGCUGAAUACGGGGUCUUGAAGGAGGAGGUGGAGGCCAUGGCGAGUCUGGCGAGCUGUUUGUCAGACGUGUGUCCGGAGAGGAUGAACGCUGUAGGGACUGAGAUUCAGACCAGCCUGAACGCCUGGGACGAGCUCGGCAAAAGUGUGACCAAAAACAAGAAGAGACUCCUGCAGUUUGGACACCUGCGCCAUUUCUUUAGGAACUACCUGGCAAUGAUCUCUUGGACAGAAGACACCCACUCCUGCAUUUUCUCAGAAAGCGCUCUGCGUCAAAGCCGAGAGAACCAGGAGCCUCUGGUUGAGGUUCUGGAUCGGCAGAUAGAGCAGAAGUUCGAGGAGUUUGAUCAGCUCGCCGUGGCUGGAAAAAACCUCUUUGAUGACGAGCAUCACCUCAACACAAUGAUCAGAGAGAGGAUGGAGGAGCUGAGGAGCAUGCUGGGAUGGAUCCUGGUCCACUGGAGGGCUCAGAAGGAUCAGCUGUUGAGCAGACAGAAGGCUGAAGAAGCUCAAACUGACGCUAUUUACUCCGAGGCCAUGGUCUGCAGCCCACAAACACCGGUGGAAACCUCACCCGAGGUCUCUCAGAAGACAACAGAAAGCCUCACAAGUGCUCCCCCUGGUGACACGGAGGAUGGUUUGCAGCACAGUUAUGGAUAUGAGGUGAUGCAAAGUGUCAGUCCUAAAGGAAGCGAUGACAGCGGUCAUUUAGAGAGGCCGGAUUCACCAUACCUGGUGCUAAAGGAACCCAGUCCCUCAGCUUUAGGAGGCACAGUCAACCUCAUCCUCAGCUUCAGUAACUCUGGAGACACACAAAUCCAGGUACAGGCGCCUGGCAGGGAAGGUGGUGUGCUGGUGCCCGAACCUGUGCACAGGCCUGCUGAGUCUCACUCUUCUGUCUGUAAAGGCUUUUGGAAGUGCUGCCAGGGGCUUUUUGGUAGUUUAAAGCGAAAGACAAAGAUUUAUCGACACAGUGCAGAAGAGGUAAGUACAUACUUGCAUGUUACGGAAAACAACACGGCAGUGUAUGAGAGUAUGGCGCUUCCCCAAGACAAAGCUCCAAGGCCCUCCUCCUCCUCUCCCAGGACCUCCCUGUAUGCCCUCUCCUCUCCUUGCACCUCCCCAUACUCCUCGUCAUCCAUCGAAGACACACUUCAGCAGGCCAACAACCUCCUGCCAAAGAAUGGCAACAUCUCAAUCUUUAGCAGCCUUAAGAGGAAGGGCAAGAAGGCCAAGAAGAAGAAAGAUGACCGUAGACAGACCAUUCAGAAGAUCAUGGGAGAGGAUCUGUCAGAGGAGGCUGAUUUGCCACCUGUACGUGAACCGGUGACAUACGAUACACAUACUUGGCCCCUGAAGGAAAGGAAGAAGCGGAAAGAUGCAAGGAAACCAAACAGCGAUGGGACUCAGGUCUUGGACUACAUAAAGAACCCUUUAGUGAAAGACAUAGAUGCAGAAUGUCCUGGAGAGGUUGGAUCUCCAGUUCACAGCACCUUAGAGGUUGCCACCCAAGGACAUGUGAAGAACCACUGCAGAUUUCUGUCCUUGGGUUCUGUGUUAAGCUUCGACCUGCCCAAGGAUAUGAGCCUUAUCCCUAGCAUUCAAGAUGUCAUCACAAUUGGCCCUCCUGAGCAAAAGAAGACAGACUCUCAUCACCAGGACUCUCAGGUUGAUCGUUCGACAGCUCUGAGCACCUUUAAAACUGUCCGCUCUCGUCCAAUGCAAAAAGAAGAGCGCAAACAAAUUUCUCCAGGUGAAGUAACCCUUAAGAUUGAUUGUAAAGACUCCAAAAAGAUCAGCAUUGACACGGUUUCAUUUACUGAAGAUGAAUUUCCUCCUCCACCUUCUCCAGUUGUUGAAGACAUCUCAUUUGAGGAGAAUCAUCCCUCAUCACUCAGUGAUCUGACCAAUAUUCAACAGAAACAUCUGUCUGGGAUCAGUAUAGUGCCCAAAGAAGAGGUGGUUAGUUGGAACGCAAAUGCAACUCAACUUGAGAACAAGGAGAACCACUAUGUAAGUCCUUCAGAAGAUGCAAUCCAAGGUAUAGCCAACCACUGCUCAACUAUGGCAGAGAUUCAUGUAUGUCCUAGCGUCCAUACCUUGGGGUCUUGGGCUGCGUUCACACAACAGGAACAGGUUUACAAACAGGUGGCUGUUAAUGAAACUGCUUCAGAUAUGGUGAAACUACCUGAAAUACAGGACCAGCAAAAGUAUAUCUACCAUUAUAGAGAGGAGGAGGAGGAGGAGAAGGAAACAGGUUUUCUGAAGGACCAAUCCAUGAGCCUCCUAUCUGUUCAUAUGGGAUUGGAUGGUACCACUGACAAUGAUAUCCAGAGUGGAAGACAAGAACUGGAACUGCCAUCUAUGGAAGGUACACUGGAGAGGAAACACAAACUACAACUGGGUGGAAAGAAGGCACCAUGCAGGGCGUGGAACUCCUAUCAUGCUGUGCUAUACAAACAAACAAUAUGUUUCUAUCAGGACAGGAAAGAUACACUCAAGAGCUGUGUGACCAGCCUUCCUCUGAAUCUAAUCGGAGCGGUGUGUGAACCGUCGCCAGAGUACACCAAAAAACCCAACUGCUGCUGCUUGAGAUUGCGGGAUGGAUCUGAGUAUCUCCUCAGUGCAUCGUCCCGAUUUAUGAUGAAGAAAUGGAUCCUCAGAAUCCAAGCACACACUGUGUCUAGUGAUUCUGUAGUGAACAGAUCAACAUGUCAUGGGUCUUCAGCUUCAGCGACGCUCCCUAGACAUUCUCCUGCUAUCACCGGCUGUCAGUGUGGAGAUAAAUGUCACUGCUCCAUGAGAAAUUAUGUCACCACCACCGUUUUAGCACAGAGUCAGCCCGCCUCAGGCCGAACCAAAGAGAUCAUAGUUCACACCAGUGACGCUCUGCAGAUCCACCAAAGGCAUCAGGAUCCGUUGCUCCCCUCGUUCUCAGAUGCGGGUCAUUGUGAGGAUGAGUUCGACUCUCAUGGUGAGUCUCUGAGACAGAAACCGUCCUCUAUGUCCACCAUUCAGGGCUGGACCAGCGAAAAGAGACGCUCACACUCCUUUACCUCAGCCACAUAUCAGAGGAUCAAGCCUGUAGCGCCUCCUUCAGGCAAAGGCCAGGACAGCAGCUCCAGCUACUCUGUGACUCUGUUCAUCGGAGAUGGUGAGAUGCCGUCAGUCUGUAAAAGCACCGCGACGGCCUCGCCAAACAGCGUCCGGCAGGAGUCCUUCUCCGAUCUGCCCAUGAGGAGCUACAUGAGCCUCCCGCGACCCCCCAACAAAUCCGUCUUCAGGAAGUUCUUUGGGAAAAAGGAGUGACGGACACUUUCUGUGACACUGCAGGUCAAAGACCCUGACUGACAUGUGCAGGACACAAGUUCAAAACAUUUUUCUUACAUUUAUUUAUGGAUCUGAUUGAGAACCAUUUGUGUAUACUUUUUUUGAAUGAGAUCUUGUAUGAUUGUGUUGCUGCAAGAUGUGUAAUGUUCACUCCUACAACUUCUCACGUCAUCAGCCGUUUUGAUAUCGGGCUCAUGGAUGGUUUAGUCAAAAAUGAAAAUCAUUUCAUCAUUUACUCACCAUCGUGUUGUUCCAAGCCCAUAUGACUCUUUCUUUAAUG